AUGGAGGCGGUUCUGAGCAGGCUGAAGGGGCUGAGUGCUGCUGAGCUUAGCGAGGAGUUUGUUCGAGCAAACCUAAAGUGCGGUCCCAUUACAUCUACCACCCGCGGCACUUACGAGAGGAAGUUAGCCCGUGUCCUGGUCGGAGACGAGGGCAGCGCCACUGAAACGGACAACAGCUCUUCAGCAGGCGUCUCAGACAUAGCAGCCGACCACGCCAAAACUGUGUCAUGUGCCACCUCAGUCGUUGCAUCGUCACCUCAAACAAGCAGAGGCUCCUCUGAGACUCCUAGUGAGGACCCGGACUUUGGUUAUGGUGUUGGUUUGAACCCUCCUUAUGAAGAGGAGAUAUCAGCAACGAAGACCUCCAACAGCUCCACUGAGUGCAGUAACUCUCAGUCCAAAACGGAAACCCCUUCAAAGCCAGCACAAGUGUCGCCUAACUUUUAUUAUGGAGUGUGUCCACCGUGGGAGGACACCCUGGCCAGAAAUGAUGGAGCACAUGUAUACAUGGAUAAGAAGGAUGCACUUCACGCUGUAAAGAUGAUGAAAGGAUCCCGUUUCAAGGCCUUUCCCAACCGUGACGAUGCAGAGAAGUUUUCUAAGGGAAUCUGUGACUAUUUCCCCUCUCCCAGCAAAUCCACGCCCUGCCUGUCUCCUAUCAGGUCUGGUCAGGUCCUUGGAAAAGUAGAGAAUGUUGAGGUUGAUACCAUCAACAAAGAGAGGGCCAAUAGUUUUAAGAGCCCGCGCAGUCAGGACUUGACGGCCAAACUACGGAAAGCUGUGGAAAAAGGUGAUGAGUUGGCUUUCUCUGACCUUGUCUGGAGUAAUCCUCGCUACCUUAUUGGGUCAGGGGACAAUCCCACUGUUGUCCAGGAGGGCUGCCGGUACAAUGCCAUGCACGUGGCAGCCAAGGAGAACCAGGCAGGGAUUGCCCAGCUGCUGCUUGACAUCUUGGAAAACCCAGAGUUUAUGCGCCUCAUGUACCCGGACGACCAGGAGGUCAUGCUGCAGAAACGGAUCCGCUACAUUGUAGAUCUUUACCUCAACACCCCGGAUAAGGCCGGCUUUGAAACACCACUGCACUUUGCCUGUAAGUUUGGAUGCCCAGAUGUGGUCAAUGUCCUGUGCUCACAUCCCGACACCGAUAAGAACUGUAAGAACAAGGACGGCCAGAAGCCUUGUGAUCUCAUUUGUAGCAGAAAAAAUAAAACCCAAGAAGUUAAAGAGAGGAUAAGAGACUACUUGGAGGACCGCUGCUAUAUUCCUUUGCUAAGGGCAACUGAUAACACCUCUCAGCCCAUCAUUGGUGCCCCUUGGUCUCCGGAGUCCUCGGAGAGUCUGGCGCUGAUACAGCAGCACACCCGGAGCCCCAUGGACCCCUUCAUGACGGUCACCGCCUUCGCCGGCCCGCUGAGCCCUUCCAAGGCUGACGAUUUUCGCCGCUCCUGGAAGACGCCACCCAGAAGCAGGGCGGAGCAUUUCCACCACAUUCUUAAGUCUGAUCCUGACAGAGGGGCAGAGAGAGUGGGCAGAGACCUGGCCCAUGAGCAAGGCCACCCUUGGGCCGAGUAUUGGGGCUUCCUUGACAGCUUUGUGGAUCUGGCGUCAGCUGAGGGGCUCCGGAAGCUGGAAGAGUUUCUGAGCAAGAAAGAUUUCAGCCCACGAGCCCAUGAGGGGACAGGAGAGAAUGAGACCAGCAACAGGUUCAAAACGCCCUCCCCAGGUAUGCGAGAUGUGUGGAGCUGUCCGUUCAUGGUGGAUGUGCCCCCGAGAGCUGAAGACCAAAGGCCCGACGCGUUUGCUUCCGUUGUUCCAGGCAAGCCCAAAAAGUUCUGCAACUCGAUAUCCGUGGGGGCCUUCCUGGACGAGGGGGACGACAUCAGCCUGGAGGAGAUGAAGAACCGGCAGAACGCGGCCCUGUCCAGCAUCACCUCCUCCGCCGCGUCCAAGGAGGUCCUGAAGGGCGCGGUGGGCGGGCGCGAGUUCCACAUGGCGCUGCACCACCGCGGGGCGGAGCUGAUCGAGAGCGCGGCCGAGCAGGACCUGCUGCGCUGCUGCGACGGCGGGCUGCUGUCGCCCGGCGUGGCCUGCACCAACGGCGCCUGCUCCUCCUCCUCCCGGGAGCGCACGCACAACGGCGAGAAGGCGUCCCCGCGCGCCGCCCUGUCCUCCUGCCUGCUGUCGCCCGUCUCCAACCUCAUGGUGGAGUUCGAGCGCAUGUCCCUGCAGGAGCCCCCGGACCAGCCCGCCGGCGGCAGGGAGAGGAGGAGCAGCGGCGGGGGGGGGCGCCACAAAGACCCCCGGGACUCCCGCGGCUCCUCCUCUGCCGCAGACCUGAGCUGCGGCCUGACCCGCCUCUCGCUCAGCCAGGACAGCGAGGCGGCGGAGGGGGGGGGGCCGGAGGAGAGGCCCGCCAGCGGCAGCUCAGAGGAGUACUUUGAAGCCGAGGAGAGUCUGGAGGGACUGAGCAGGACUCGGGGGUCAGCCACAGGCGUGCGCAACCUCUGUGCGAGGUCCAAGUCCUGGGACCACGGAGGCAGGGACCUGAGCAGCUCAGGAUCCUCCGGGUCCUCCUACAAGUCUCUAGAUAACUCCCACGAGUUCCUCCCGAGAACACCUCCUCAUCUUAGAAGAGGACUUUUUAUUGAGGGGGAUUCGCCAACUAAACUUGACAGAGAGGUCCUCCUCGCCAUGAACACCAUCGACGUGGACCCCCAAAAGUACCCCAGCAUAUACAAGUGGAAGAGCACAGUGAGGUCGUACUCUGCUUCGGACAUGCAGAGCUGGCCCAGCCCUGCCGUAAGGCCCCGACUCAGGACACAGCAGCAGACCCCCGGCUCCCCCAUCAGCGGCCUGAUGUCCCCCACCGGUCGCUUCAGUCCUGUCCGCCACGCUGCCUCUCCAGACUUCAGCCCCAGCCGUUACAGCCCUGCCAACGUGAGCUACAUCCAGCGCAUCCGCCUCAGGCACCUGAACGAGCCCCACCUGUAA